CCGAAAUCUCCUUCCCUCCAUUUCUUCUCCCAACCCUCCCCAAAUCCCACCCCCACCCACAUUCUCAAACCAAAACCCCCAAAGAAACGGAAAGAUUCUCUCUGCAGAGGGUGGAGAAAAGGGUUGUGAACUUCAAUUCACAAGCCUUCGUAGUUCCCGCACAAUUUCAGCACAUCUUCCUCAGAAUCCAGCGAAGGGGAAAGAGCAAGAAUGGGGAAAGAUGAGGAUGAGAUGAGGGGGGAGAUAGAGGAGCGAUUGAUAAACGAGGAGUACAAGAUUUGGAAGAAGAACACCCCCUUCUUGUAUGAUCUGGUUAUUACUCACGCCCUCGAGUGGCCAUCUCUGACUGUGGAGUGGUUGCCGGACCGGGAAGAGCCGCCGGGGAAGGAUUACUCAGUACAGAAGAUGAUUCUUGGGACCCACACCUCGGAGAACGAGCCCAAUUAUUUGAUGCUUGCCCAGGUGCAGCUGCCCCUCGAGGAUGCUGAGAAUGAUGCCCGGCAUUACGAUGAUGACCGCUCUGAGUUCGGUGGGUUUGGAUGCGCUAAUGGCAAGGUGCAAAUUAUCCAGCAAAUCAAUCAUGAUGGAGAGGUCAAUCGGGCUCGUUAUAUGCCCCAAAACCCAUUCAUUAUUGCCACCAAGACAGUCAGUGCUGAAGUUUAUGUUUUUGAUUAUAGCAAACAUCCAUCCAAGCCUCCUUUGGAUGGUGCAUGUAACCCUGAUUUGAGGUUAAGGGGCCACAGCACUGAAGGGUAUGGUUUGUCAUGGAGUCAGUUUAAGCAGGGUCAUCUAUUGAGUGGUUCUGAUGAUGCCCAAAUAUGCUUGUGGGACAUAAAUGCAACUCCGAAGAAUAAGGCUCUAGAUGCCAUGCAGAUUUUUAAGAUUCAUGAAGGUGUUGUUGAAGAUGUAGCAUGGCAUCUUAGGCACGAGUACCUGUUUGGUUCGGUUGGAGAUGAUCAGUAUCUGCAUAUAUGGGAUCUGCGCACUCCAUCUGUCAGCAAGCCUAUACAAUCUGUAGUUGCUCAUCAGAGUGAGGUGAACUGUUUGGCUUUCAAUCCAUUCAAUGAAUGGGUAGUGGCGACUGGGUCUACUGAUAAGACGGUCAAACUAUUUGAUAUGCGAAAGAUUUCUACUGCUCUCCACACCUUUGAUUGUCACAAGGAGGAGGUUUUCCAGGUUGGAUGGAAUCCAAAGAAUGAGACCAUCUUAGCGUCCUGUUGUCUUGGUAGGAGACUGAUGGUCUGGGACCUCAGCAGGAUUGACGAAGAACAGACACCAGAGGAUGCUGAGGAUGGACCUCCAGAGUUGUUAUUUAUUCAUGGCGGUCAUACUAGUAAAAUUUCGGACUUCUCAUGGAACCCAUGUGAGGAUUGGGUUAUCGCUAGCGUAGCCGAGGAUAACAUACUGCAGAUAUGGCAGAUGGCAGAGAACAUAUACCAUGAUGAAGAUGAUCUGCCUGGAGAUGACUCCACCAGAGGUUCCUAGUUCUAGGUUAGGAGCACCUAUAUAUGAUUAGGUAGAUAUGAAUGACCAAGAAUUUACUUCUUAAAAAAGUGUUUUGCUUUUCUCUCUGUGCAUCUGUUGUUGUAUCAUUAAAUCUUGGGUUAUAAUUUAGCAUUCAACAUUAAACUGCUUUGUCUA